GUCUCCUUCCCCCACCCGUCGCAUCAAACGCAAAAAGAAGACAAUUUUACGCGAAUAGGGUUAGCAGCCGGCGGCGGCGGCGGCGGCGGAGAGCGAGCGGCGCAAGGUCGUCGGAGAUGACGGGGAAGGCGAAGCCGAAGAAGCACACGGCCAAGGAGCUGGCGGCGAAGGCCGACGCGGCGCUGACCAACCGCGGCGGGGGCAAGGCCGGCCAGAAGGACCGGCUGGGCCAGGAGAAGGGCGGCCACGCCAAGAUGGAGUGCCCGCUCUGCAAGGUGACGGCGCCCGACGUCAAGUCCAUGCAGAUCCACCACGAGGCGCGCCACCCCAAGAUCCCCUUCGACCCCGAGAAGAUCAACAACCUCCACGGCUCCACCGCCGCCGCGCCCGAGGCCGCCGCAUCCAGCUCCAAGCCCAAGCCUGGCGUCCGCGGCAGCCUCAAGAAGACGGGCGAUGAACAGAAAUGAGGCCUUCAUAGCAUCAAAUGCCUCUUCAAAGUCUCUGUUUGCUAUCGCAAUGGGUUAUGACUAUCUCGUUUGGGUUGUCGUUUUAAGAUAUUUGGUUGUCUGGCUUGCUUCGUUCAAUCAAGUUGUAAUCCGAUAUAUUAUGCGUUCCAGAACAUCUGAGAUGAACUAAAUAACUGGUUGCUGCCUA